AUUAUAUAACAAAGAAAGUAACUUUAUUUGUACUAAAAAUAUAGGAAAAUGACGAAGAAGUUACAGUACAAAGCAAAACUUUCAUUCGGCGUGCAAUUUGGUACACGCGGGUACUCAAAGUGUUAAAGAAAAAUAGCUAUUCAAACGUCGAAUUCUUCACGUUAGCAGGGGAAGGGGAAGACUACUGGAUGACAGAGCAAAUCAGCGUAGUCAGAAGCGUACAGUGUAGGUAGUACUAUUUUAAGUAUCGAAUGUUUUAUACACGUAAUUGAUAAUCUGUACUAGCUGAAUCGUGUCAGGCACAAAGUUUAUCAAGAAUUUUUAACUGUAUGUGAAAGGAACUUGCACGAACCGCAAGCUAACCUCGGAUUGUGUGAAAAGACCGAUUAAUUUACCAUGCGACGACAUAACGUACACUCUUAGUACAUUCAAUAACGUAUGCUUAACCUCCGUGCACACACUGGCUGCACACGAUGGCUACGGGGAAACGAAGAGGUGUGCAUACGUCGGCUGGUAGCUCUGCGAUGUUCGGCUCGUCGGCAAGUAACUUGAGGUCGAGCGGCCUAAAUUUUCGCCCGAAUUCGACGCAGGAGGACAGAGGCGGUACUCGACCGACAGCUGCCCCAAGCUCCAUAGGUCUCAUACUCGUAACGAUGUUUCUGCACGUCUGCAAAAAGUCUCUGCUGUUCGAUACGAGGCUCAAGGUUGCUAUAUACUGUGGCGCGAUAUUCGUAGUAUCGUUGAUAGCAGAUGUUAUGACCAUGCCGAGAACGUAUUUCUCGCGUCCGGAUAACGCGCUCAAUCAGUACUUCGUGAAGUGGGGAUGGGGAUGGUUGCUGACUGUAACAGUUCCAUGGGUCGCGUUGACCGCGCACACGCUUGGAUGCGGCCGUAGGUCGAUUUUGCUAAAACAUCUUGCCAGACUGGUCUUGGCCACGAUCGCAUGGUUAUUAUGGACUAAACUAUUCAAUUAUAUCGAGACAAAUUACGGCCGUUGCCUGAACACAAAGGACACGCAGCUGCAGACGAAAGCGAAAUGCCUCCAGUCCGGCAAAUUUUGGAGUGGUUUUGAUAUAUCUGGGCACACGUUCAUUCUUAUAUACUCGAGCUUGAUCCUAGCGGAAGAGGGCUCUUCGUUAGUUGGCUGGGAGGGUAUAAAGGACUUGAUUAUGCGCGAGGAACACUCGCGUAUUACCCCGAAUGAGCCCAGUACCGGACCACUCCGGAAUCUCUCCAACUCCGAUCUGGAGUUUCUAAAGAAAGCGCAUAAAGCGCUCACGCCUUAUCUGAGAGGUCUUUUCGUUGCAAUGACGAUGCAACAAUUACUAUGGGAUACCAUGUUGAUAUCCACGAUGCUCUACUAUCAUAUUAUGAUAGAGAAAUUUCUUGGAGGUGUAGCCGCCGUUUUAACGUGGUACGUCACGUAUCAAUGGUGGUUUAAGUCGGCGAAGAACUCAUUGCCCGCGCCCGGUGAUGGUCUGUUCAAGUAUAAUGAGAUAAAAACCCAUGACAAUAGUUCGGUUAGAUCGAGACGUAGCACGCUCAACGGAACCAAUAGAUUUAUGGGACUUCCUAUUCGCACGAGUCAGGAUACUGUCGACACAAUCAGUGCUAACAGGCAAUCGGAUUCUGAGAUAACUACUUCCAGAUUAUAAAAUUAUCAUAAUAUUUGACAGUGGAAUUGAUCAAUAUGUUCCCGAUACAUUUAUAUCGAUUUUUUUUUACAUGUAUAUACAUUAAAUGUAAAAAUUUAGUACUCCGAGAGCUCAUAUUCACUUGAAACAAUUCUAUAAUAGCUUCGCCUGUCUUAAAUUAUACAGCUGUUUAAGAAUUAUAAAAUCUGGAUUUUACCUGAUAGGAGAAAGCAUUACUAAAUAUUCUAAUAUGCAAUCUUGUAUAUAUAGCAUUUUAAUGUACAUAUUUUCAACUUUGGAUAAAUUGUAUUUGUUACUGAUGUGGUUUUGUUGAAUGAAAGCUGUUAUUUUCAUUUUAAAGUAGAAAUCGAUUACGUAAGUAUUGCGAUCCAUCCCAAUUUAUUUUCCAAUUUGUAUAUAAAAUAUUAAACGAAAUAAUUUUUCUACUUCUUCAUGGACUGUUAAAUCAACUUAAAUCAACUAGAGUACAACUACAUGUAUAAACAACGUCAUGAUCUUGUGAUCUUGUUUUGUAAUUUAUACUUAAUAAACUAUUGUUAACAAAGUGUUCGUCCUGUUAAUAAAAUGUUUGUAAUAAAAUAACA